CAUUCAGUCCGCGGUUCCCUGGUGACCCGACAGUAGCACACCGCCGACACACAGACGCACAAACACCCCGCCGCCAAGAUGAUGAUCAAGGGCCUUCUUCUGCUGCUGCUGGUCGCCCUCUCCCACGCGUUCUUCUUCAAGUUCGGUGGCAAAAAGCACCACUACGGAUACGGAUACGGACAUGGCCACGGAUACGGAUACGGCCAUGGAUACGGACAUGGAUACGGCCAUGGUUACGGACACGGAUACGGACACCGUUACUACUAUCACCGGCCCAGCUACGGAUACAGAUACCACUCGUACGGAUACCACUGAAGCUCCGCAAGUCCUGAGGUACCUCGGUAACUGUGGGUCAACUCGCUACCACAUGACCAGUGACGAGCAGUGCAGUGACACGGUCAGUGCAGAAAUCAGUGACACUUCGGUGGAACAAGGCAUCAGCGCUUUCGAAGUACAGCGGUUUUCUAAGUGAAUCUUUGAGCCAUAAGCUAAGUGAGAGGUUCUGAUGCAUGCGUGUAUCGACCACCAGAUGUGACAAUACUGGUGUAAUGUUUCGGUAUCCUACUUGAAAUUCAACAACUUUAGAGUGGUAGAUCCGCAUACAAAUUCGUCCCCUUGUAUAGCAGGCAUUAGCAGCACAGAUGGAUGGAUAGUCGGUGUUGCGGCUAAAGUGUAUUUAUUUAUGGAAGCGUGUCAUAGAUGUAUUUGAAUAAAAUACCCACUAAAUUA